AUGUCACCAAUUUUAUCAAAAAUUAUAUUUUUUAUUUUGUGUGAAACCUGUCUAACACUUUGUCCGCCACUACUUAUGCCACAAAACUCACUGUUUUCAGCUAAUUGUCGACGAUAUCAACGUAAGGGUGGGAUCUGUCAAAUAUGGUGUCGAAACGGUUUCAAACAACAGGGCUCUCCAACCCGUAUAUGUCAACCAAAUAAUCAUUGGUCGGGAAGACCGAGUAAAUGUCUUUCUAAUGCACAACAAUGUCAACCAAUAAAACAAAUACAAAAAGGAUUUGUCGACAACUCAUGCGGUGAUAAAUUUGCAGUCGGAUGUCGACUUACAUUCAAAUGUGAUACCGGUUCUCAAUUAAAUGGCAGUCAAGUAAUUAAAUGCAUGAAAGGCGGCCAAUGGUCUAACCCUAAGCCCAGAUGCGAUGACGACAUCCCAUCGAAAUGUAUUGAUUUGGUGGCACCGUUAGGUGGUAUUUGGGUUAAUAAUGAUUACCAACCGUAUGAAUGUAAUGGACAACCGGGACAAACGUGUCGAUUAAUAUGUCGGCAAAGAUUUAAAUUAGUUGGUCCCACAUAUGUCUACUGCGAUAUUAAGACACAUGUUUGGUCUCAACCCAUAUCUACUUGUGUUCGCUACUAA